AUGCCAGCAUGUAUCAUAGAGUCGCGAGCCACAUGUCUCCCAGUCACUGCCCUUACAUCAGUCGUGAUUGAUGGAGCAGCGUGGUUGUUGGCAGGCCAGGGCGCAUAUCUGCAUAUCUACAAUGUAGAUCGUACUCGCGUGUUGUCAACACGUGUUUUCGAGGCCCAGCCAGUGCUUGGAAUCAAUGUACUCGUCAGUGAGGCAAGUCCAGGCACGCAUCGUCGAAUCCACGUCGUGGUUUGGGGCGGCACACUGUUGAAGCUCGGCACCGUCACGCUGGAAGCAGAUGUAGCGGACACGUCCAAUAUCAUUCCACGCCUCAGCCUGGCAGAGCAACAAACGUGCUCGGACUGGAUCUUGGACGCGGUCUUCGUUGGCAACUUCGUGCUCCUGCUGACCGCACACAAUCAACUGGUGGAAGCACCCACUUCCCAUGUCGCUGUGGCGGAACCUCCCAAGCACGACGGUUUAUUGACUGUCAAGGGCCCGGCGUCGUUUCUCUACUCUGGAUGUCUCUCCAUUGCUGCACCUGAUUUGGUCAUCGUCGCGUCUGGUACAGUCUUUGGGGAAAUCCUGGUUUGGACAUGCAGCAGGAGAGAAGGUGGUCAGCAAUGGGUGCCCUCUCUGAAACAUGUCUUCCAGGGACAUAUAGGCUCUGUGUUCGGAGUCUCAAUCUCGGAAGUUUUCGACCUAGCAGGAACCCGGGUACGCCUGCUGGCGAGUUGCUCUGACGAUCGCACGGUAAGAAUCUGGGAUAUCAGUGAUUGUGAUCGAGAUGUCCACAAUGAAGGUUCCUAUGGGCUCGAUUCAACCCAGACCGGAUUCGGGCAUGUGAUUCAGACCAGUCAGAACCACGUUGCAUCGGCAUGGGGUCAUCUCUCACGCAUUUGGGACGUCGACUUCGCACCAGGACGGCCGUACAACACGAGUCUGGGCAUCUUACUGUUCUCGCGUGGUGAGGAUGGUGCCUGUCAGAUGUGGACUGCCGAGUUGGGCACCGGUCCUGGAGGCGAAACUGGCCUGGCCGGCAGCCUCAGACCAGGAGGCAGCGACCGACUUCACUUUGGGAAAAAUGCCUGGUCCAUGUGCCAGCUCAAUGAUGAGCACGGUAUUGUCGUAUAUACUGGUGGUGCUGACGGACAAAUCAUCUCUAGAAGAUUCGACACAUUGGAAACUGCCAAACUGUGUCCCCUCACGAUAUCUGUGCCUUUCAAGGACAUCACAACAUCCCCCUUGCCAUUGAAGAACUAUUUACUGUUGGAUCAUCAGGAAUGUCUGGCAUCUACAGGUCAAGGACAUCUCUUCCGGAUAACCUCUAAAGACCGGGAGUUGCAAUGGCGCCGAUUGCACGGAACUCCGCUGAAAGGUGGUCUGACACUCUGCUCAAUCAAGGAAUGUGGUUUCGUCCUCAUUGCAUAUCAGAUGGGCGGGCUUUAUGCUUUGUUGAAUGGUCGAGAUACGUUAUCACCUAUCCCAUGCAACCUCGAUCAAGGCAUUUCGUGGAUGCAAGUUGCCGGCCAACAAGUGGCUAGUUUUCAGGAUUCCGUGAUUUGCGUCGUGGCUGUCUUGACGAACAAGAUGACGGUCAUACUUUGGCUCAGCAUGAAAGAAGGCUCAAUCGGGGCGACCGAGACGGCUCUGAGAAUGCCAGAUACUUUUAAGAUCACGGCAUGCCACUAUGACCACACGAGCAGGACGUUACUUCUCGGCUCUCGUGCUGGUGCUCUUGCUGUAUACUCCGAUCUGGGCCCUGAAUCUGCGACGACACAAAAGCCAUACUGCCUCCGACAUGUCCAUGGCAGGGAGAGCGUUACUUCCAUUUCUGUUCUCCGGCAAGAAGCAGACAUUGAGACCGGGAUAGGGAUGAUGCACAUACUCACGACCGGUCGUGACGGACAUUGCGCGAUUCAUCGAUUGGAGCACCCGUCUCUCGCCACCGGAGCCCAGCCGCAGGUGUUUAUGGUUCACCUAUCAUCGUCUCCACUCGGUCCGAACAUCGAAGGAGCUUACUUUGCCGCCUCGGAAGAUUGCUCAGCUGCACCUCGGGCUCAACGAAAGGAUCUGUUCCUCUACGGCUUCAGGUCCACCGCGUUCGUUGUGUGGAACGAAACUCAGCAGUCCGACAUCCUCUCGGUUGAGUGCGGUGGUUCUCACCGAACCUGGGACUUCAGAGAUGAUUCUGCCUCUGUGUCCGGCAGUGACGCGAAGACUUUUGUCUGGACCAGAGCGGGCAAAUUUAAUUGGCAUACGAGCAAUGGGUCCGGCCAUCAGACUAUCCAGCGAGGAGGCCAUGGACGCGAGAUAAAGGCUGUGGCACGAAGUCCAUUGCCGUACGCUGGGGCUGGCAGGCAACAUAAGGACCGAGUGCUUGUGGCCACUGGAGCCGAGGACACCAACAUCCAACUUUUCGCCAUUGCGAAAUUCCCUGCGCCUGCCAUCUCACGGGCGCCCGGCCAACUACAGGCAGACAAGUUUCUGUACAUUGCAACGCUGAAACGGCACACGACGGGCAUUCAACAUCUUCAAUUCUCGGCCUCAGGACACUAUCUCUUCAGCAGCGCUGGAUGCGAAGAGUUCUAUGUAUGGAAACUCAGCUUCGACGUACCAUGCAUUAGCGUAGGAGCAAUACUGUGGGACGCCAUGCCCACUGAGGAAGAGGAUUCAGAUGCACGAAUCAUGGGGUUCGAUUCACGCCUCGAGGACGACGGCGCCGAAGAUGAGGAGCACACCCUUGUGCUGGCCUACUCGAACGGGAAGACCAAGAUCGUGCGGUACACCGCAUCGUCGACACGAAACACAGGCACGUUCGAAACAAUGCAAAAACUCAGCUAUGGCUCGUUCUGCAUCAUGCAGGCUCUCUUCCUCCCGCUUCUUGCUGGACCUACCACAAAUCAGAUGUGUGUCCUGUCUGCAGGCACAAAUGGAUACAUGAACCUGAGUCCUCUCGAUUGCUGGGACAGGCUGAAUUCUUCGGAUGCAAACGCGUGGCCAAAGUCAACAUGCCGAAUGGAAGUCCACAAAUUGCACCAGAGCAGCAUACUAGCCAUGGACAUCAUGGCCGUUGGCUCAAAGGGUCAUCUCGUUGCCACAGGCGGUGACGAUAACGCACUGGCUCUGACACUCAUGAGCUCCUCAUCUCGACCGUCACUUGAUCCUGAAGAUAGGAGGCUCGGUAAAAAAGAUGCGGACCAUCGCUUCCGAACGAUCCUCAUCCCCAGCGCCCACGCCGCCGCUCUCACCGCGCUGAAGAUCGUGUGCCUUACCAGUGGUCCCAAGAGCUGGUCAGCGUGGGUCAUCACCGUGGCAAAUGACCAACGUGUCAAGGUCUGGAGGGCUGAAAUAAAUCUUCAGAAAGCGUUUGUCAGCUCCUCCGAACAUACCGAGGUUGAUGUGUUGUUUGAAGCCGUGCAGGUCGAGCUCGUGGGACAAGCGUGGACAGGUGUCGCCGAUGUGAGUGGACUUGAGAUGGUGGAUGAAAACACUCGGUAUGCUACCGGAGCUCAAGGCCACAGCAUCCAAGCGUGUGACCGUGCUUGCAGGGUUCUGGUUAUCGGCGUGGGGAUGGAGGUGGUGGACAUUACGGCGGGACGGGACGAGAAGGUCGAGGUACCUUGA